AUGCUACGCUUAGGUGUGCCUACUUCAUCCCCCCUGUUGUGACCCAAAGUAAAUGAAUAAUAAAACGGCCAAAAUCAUUCAAGUUUCCCCUCAUUCAUUCACUCCCUCACUCUCCCUAGCUAAUUGGUUUCCAGAUUCUCUCUCUUUCUCUCCCUUUCUCUAUCUGAGCUCAGCUGUGCAUUACACUGAAGACCAACACUUGAAUGCCCCUCUCAGGAAACAUCAGCAUGACAACUUGCACUUGUACUUUUUCUCUAUUGGUAACCCUUCUCUCUUUUGCUGUCACCUCUCUCUCCAUCCUGUUUGUCUCUCCUACUUUACUUCUCUAACAUUGCGUUUCCAUCUAUUUAUACCUGUUUUUUGAAACACUUUUUCUCAACCCAAAACCGAAUGCCCAAGUUUCAUUACUAAUCAAAAAAAGAAAAAAACUUGAGAGACUAAGAGCUAGCUGUUUGUUUUGGUUUUUCUAUAAUGUCUCCAGCAGCCUCCACAAGAUGGUGUCCAACACCAGAACAACUUAUGAUCUUAGAAGAGAUGUAUAGAAGUGGGAUUAGAACCCCAAAUGCUUCUCAAAUCCAACAAAUCACUUCUCACCUCUCUUUCUACGGCAAGAUUGAAGGCAAGAAUGUUUUUUAUUGGUUUCAAAACCAUAAGGCAAGAGACAGACAGAAGCUUAGAAGGAAGCUUACCAAGCAACUGCAACUACAACAGCAACUUUAUCAUCAGCAUCAGCUUCAACAAAACCAUCCUAACCACCAUUCUCUUCACUAUGAUUCUCCUGCCUCUCCUGCCUUUCAACAUCUUUCAUACUAUAACUCAGCAUGUCUUUUUCCUCAGGUAGGGGCUCAUGAGAAUGCAGCAGCACAACAAGUGAUGAACUACACGUGGAAGUUUGAUAUCCCAGAAAGAGUGGACAUGGAUAAAGCCACGAUGAGAAUGAUUGGCAGUGAUUGGUUGAUGAUGGUUGAUCUGGGUCCCCUUUCAUCACAAUGCAACAACUCCACCACCAGGCCACCCCUCAAAACCCUUGAACUUUUCCCAGUCACUGCCUCAAAUCUCAAGGAAGAGUGCAACAACAGCUCUUCCGAGCCUCUUUCUUGUACUACUACUAAAUCCACACCUGCUAAAUACUAUUACUUUUUACCUAUUAAUCUGGACUCUUUUCUCUUGGUGUUUCUUAAAGCUCGCAUAUUUAUAAGCGCAGCACCAGUAAUUGAUGGACAUCUAGAUAUACCAGAUUUUGAACUGGGUGUUUCAUCUGUUGAUAGUUGUAUGAAUUCUUUCUCAGCAGGUAGAUUCGUCGUUCAGAGGAAAUUGUUUCUUUGCAAUGCUUUUAACUUUUGUACAAAUGUUUUGGGAAAGGAAACCAAAAAAGAAAAAGUGAUGAAUGCAAUGCCACUAGCUAGUGGUUUCGAUGGGCUAGAAUUGGACUGGUUUUGGGUGGGCCUGAAUUGA